AUGAUUCUUGUAACCCAAUUGUUUGGGUGCCCCGACAAUCGGGUGACCGGACCGCAGUUUGGUGGGCUGGGGAUUGGCAAGGCCAAGAACUGCCCUGGCUGGCGGUUGGACCGACCGGCGCUUGACGACCGGCGGGUGCGCGACCGUCAAUUGACCGACCGGCGGCUGACCGGACACGGAAAUUCCAACAUCAUGUCGCCCCUUCCACCCUGGUCCUCGCCUCACCCGCACCGUGCGCAUAGUCGCGAACAGAAACGCGCUGCUUCAGCAGCUACGCGAGACAACCGCUUGAUGCCGCCACCUGCUGCCCCUCUUUCAAAGUGCGAUCAGUUACCAGAAAAGCUGCGUGCUUCUGAAAACAGGGCAACCCGGGAUAGGCAAUCGUGCAUCAGCAAACAGAUAACGUCGCAGCCGAAGCGGUCUGAGAAGGCGGAAUUUUUUCCGCAAUAUUUGUCCGCUGAGCGGAGUCGUGAACCUGAUUGCGUACUACUUUGGCUGAAGAAUUUUGCCGGGUCUCGUGAACCUACGUGCGUCAACAUGAAAGAUUUUGAUGGAAUGCCUACAACAAAGUCGGCAAAUGCCUUCAAUGAUUUGAAGCGUGCUUGCAGCAGCAGAAGAAUGCCGACUUCAUCAGCAAUGGAGAAAUCGAAUCACGUGUUUCGUAAAGAGAGUAGGUAUGCCGAGACUGGGCGGAAAACGAAGAACUCAUCAUCAAUCUCGAAGUCUGGCGUAGGAAACGAAAACGAACAUCACAACCACCGCGAUUCAUUUCGGUACUCAUCGGAAAUCAACCAGAAUGAGGUGAAGGAGACUCGAAGAUACGAUCCACACACGCCGCUGUGUACUCCGCCGGUCACUCAUUGCGAUGUUCGAGAGGAAGAAUCAUCGUCUUCAAUCAAUAACCCGUCGUCGAGCUCGCAGGUUUCUUCAGUGACGAAUACAAACGAGGAUUUGUCUGGGGGAUGGAAAAGCUACUUGAUGAAGGAUGGAAGAAGACACGAAAACCAGCAGUCAUGUGACUACGACAGGUCGGAUUCGCAGCCCCUGUCCCCCAAGGCCCGUGCAACUUCGCCUAGUGCAGAAGACACGUGUGCUGCUGACUACGAAAGUGACCUGUACACACCGCUAGCUCAAGAAGACCGCCAUCAUUCUGAGGAACUUCCUGACGAGCAAAAUCUAAACGUUUACAGCUGGUCGAAAGAUGAGAGCGAGAAUGCCGCGUUGGAAUCAUGGGGCAAACGAUCCAAUCCAGAAAACAUGAUGAGCUUCUUGGUAACCGCAGCCUUCAAACAGUCGUCGACUCGUCUCAUUGCUAUUCAAGAUGAUAACCACCGGCUCCAUAUCAAGUUUCGCGAGCUUCUUCCGCAUCUCAAGAACUACGGCCUUAGCGAUUCCUUUCUGACGGUGUUCCGGUAUCACCUGAAGUAGCCCUUGCUGGCCAUGUAUCAUCAAUGAAAACCACGCCACGAGAUUUCCUGUCAAACG